UGAGAGACAGAGGCGUUUUCUGCCAUACAUUAUCAUGUGCUCUCCAAACUGCAUUUUUUUCGUCUUCCGCUCUGUUAGCUCAUUUCAGUUUCUUGAGGAGAUUCAGGUUUGCGUAUUGGCAUCUUUCUCACACGCAGAUUUGUUGUUUGCCAGCUGGACUAAAAGUGCAGAACGGCUUUUUCAAACGUUGACAAAAAUCAUUUUCAGCAUCCAGACGAACAGAAUGUCUUCAUUCAAGAUCUUUUUUCUCCUCUUUGCCCUGUGGAUAUCCUCUGGAGAAUGUGAUGAUGUGUUUUAUCGGCAUGCUGGGGGUGACAUUUCCCUGAAGUGUGGUGUACAUCCAGACAGUGAUUUAGAGUGGAAAUUUAACGAUGCUCGCAUCUUUAGCAUUUUUGGCAAAAAAGGAACUCGAUGGAAGGGUACUUCCAAAACUGUAGCCCAUAUUAUUUCUAAAGCGCAUGUAAUUGGAAACAUAUUGAAACUAUCCAAACUGGAGACACGUGACUCAGGAGUCUACUCAUGCAGGCAGUCAGGGGAAAAAUACACUGUGCGUGUUGUAUCAGUCUUUGCAGAACCACCCAUAGCAUCUCCUGGGUCUGAUGUAGAGCUGCACUGUAACAUUGAAGGAGAACCACAAACUGAAGUACAUUGGCUGAGUCCCCUUGGCCAGCAAUACAGUAAAAGUGACCAAGUAAUUUCCCUGAAGCCCGUAACCUCAAAUGAUGAAGGCAAAUGGACAUGUCAGGUCAAGGACUUGAAGAUAGAUGUAACAUUGGCUGUUGUUGGUCUCCAGACCAAAGAUGUUGAAGUUCCUCAAGGGGGCAACAUAGUGCUGCCCUGUUCUCUCUCUAACAGUACAUCUUCUCCGCGUGUAGUGAGUGGGAAUUGGAAUGCUGACCAUCUCUCCACAGUCUCUUUCCCAGCACUAGAAAACUCAUAUGCCAAAGGCUUACAGUGGAAUGGCAAGAAUUCAUCCAAAGUCAGAUUUACAAGUGGACAACUCGGCACCAACUUUGAUAUCAACCUGAUUAAUGUGCAGCGUAGUGAUGAAGGUAAAUUUGUGUGUACAGUGGAGUUUGAGGGUGGAUUGAAGCAAACUGCCGAGACGAUGUUGAAGGUUGUGGCUGGCCCUUCAGUCGCCAGUGUGAAAGGGCCUGGUCAGGGACCUUGGACCAAGGAUGUGUUAGGUGUACAGCUGUGGGUCUGGGUUGCUGUAGGAGCAAGUUCUUUGGUUCUAAUUGGACUUAUCAUCUUGACUGUUCUUGUCCAACAGAGGAACAAACAAAUACAAAGGAGGGUAAGAAAGCUGAGAUCCAUGCGGCAACCUCUUACAGCUAAAGACUACUGCCAAUGCAACAGAUCUGAGAGAGAGGUUGUGUUGGGAAAGCGAGUGAGGCCAGUUCCAGUCUCCAGACAACAAUGUAAAACACACAACAGUCCAAAACCAUAUAACUGAUUUGUACUGGAGAGUGGAAGACUGCAGUCACUGAGAGAUACAAAUCAUGUGGCACACUGGGCCAGUGCUUUUCAAAAUGCAUAUUGUGUACAGACAACUGAUACCAACAAAUGAGACAUGCACUUGUAAGCUUUGCUGUAGAACGUGAACACAGACCUUAGACUGAAUGGUGUUGCACGGUUGAUUGUUGCCUUUUCAAUAUUGUGCUAAAUAUGUAAUGUAAAUGUUUUCAGAACCAAACUGUUGAAUGACCAUAAUGUUGAAUGUUUCAGUUUUUGUUUCAUCAAUAAAAUUUUAAUACUCUUCAAACAUGAA